AUGUCUCCACUGAAGCGUCCAAGUGAGGAUGCGGAUCAUGAAGAUGGACGCCGACCUGCACCGCGCACGCCGAGAAUUAGAGCCUGUGCGGAGUGCAAACGGCACAAGAUUAAGUGUGAACCUGUCGACAAUGAAGCAAAGUGCGCAAAGUGCCUGCGGAGCGGAACUGAAUGCGUCCCAUACAAUCUGAACCAACGACUACUAGACGAAGAUGCUGCUUGGAAAUCCAAUGCAACAGCCGAAUUGGGGCAGCUGCGCUCAGCGGUGCAGCGUCUUCUUCAGCACAAUAAACUUCCGAGCUUGGAUAGUCCAGUCAGUCAAGGCUCGCCCCAACUGCCUUCAGGACGUACGCAUAGCAUGACCAUCAGCCCGACAAACAUGAUGUCUGAAAAUGGACACUCUACGUUCGUCGUCCCACCACCUAUGGACAUGACGAGAGACACUUCUGUAGAGCGUGAGUCGGGUGAAGAAUCCGGCUUGGUAACAGCGCCCAUGAGAAGUCUAUACGACCUUACGCGGAUUCGGAAUCUUCGGAGCAGCGUUCGGUGGAAGCCGAAUUCCAACUCUGUUGAGGAGGACUUCAUAGCUCAAGGUAUCAUACCUUUAGCGGAAGCUGAAGAUCUAUUCCGACGGUAUAUGCAAGACAUACGUCUUUACCUUUGGGCUGGUGUACUCUUCCCAUAUGACUCUUUGGAAGCAGCUCGCCGUCAGUCCACGCUUCUCACUGCCGCUGUGCUUACCAUCUCAGCGUUGCAUACGCCUGGUCGAGACGAAGCGCUGCAAAAAUGCUACAACAUCUUUGUAUCGUUAGUCUACAGCACCUUUCUCGCUCGGCCUCAGAACCUCGAUGAUAUCCGUGCGUUAACUCUUGCUGCUUUCUAUCUCUCCAACCUGAGCUGGAAGUUAGCAGGACUUGCUGUGAGAAAUGCCGUGGAGAUGAACUUGCACAUGGCUUACCAGAGGCUCAUGCGAGGGCACGAAGAGCAGCGCGACAAUGUCCGCCUAUGGUAUGCCUUGUAUGUGUGCGACAAACAGUUCAGCAUCGCAUAUGGACGUCCAUCUAUCGUUCACGAAGACAUUGCGAUCAAGAACAUCGAACAAUUCCUCGACAGUCCAAAGACGACGCCAGGCGAUAUCAGAUUGGGAGCUCAAGUUACUCUAUUCAAGAUAUUGACAGAAGCAUACAUCGCCUAUGGCAGCGAUCCAGAACAACCACUUACGGAGCCUGAUUUCCAGCAACUUCGCCUCUUCAACUUUGCAAUAGAGCAAUGGCGACUUGCAUGGCAGGCUAGAUCCGCUGACAGCCCAUCUAUCGGAUCAUAUCCAUCAAAGGGUGUAGUGCUAUACUAUCACUUCGCUAGGUUUCAGCUCAACUCUCUGGCGCUACGUGCUCUGCCUCCACCCAGCGCUGCAACGUCCGAGUCGCUCUCUUAUGACCGCCGCGAAGCAGCAAACAUCGCCAUCACCGCCGCCACAAGUACACUUACCCUCAUCUUCGAAGAGCCAGAUCUCCGCAAAGCAAUGACUGCAGUUCCAAUCUUCACGCACACCAUGGUCGCAUUCUGCGCUACGUUUUUGCUGAAGAUGGCGAAAACCUGGGGAGGCAUGGCGCAAGUACAGUCGCCAGAGUGGGCGACGGAGCCCGUUGGAUUAGGCCUCAACUUUAACAUCAACCAAGUGCUGUCGCUGUCGCGACGAUCGUCUUCCUUCUUAGCCAAAGUGGCGGAAAACCUGAACGAGAAACACAUUACUACGCACAUCGUCCAAGGAAUCAACGACCUGCUGAAACGACUCGAUGUUGCUGGGACGCCUUCUGGUUCAGUCACACAAGGCGGCUUUCCAGCCGCAUCGCCAGCUGCUACGCACAUUUUCGAUCCCGUCAAGGCCGCUACAGCGAGCAAUGACGAAAGCGUCGAUGCGACAAACGAAUACAACAUGUACGACCUGAUUGGAUCAUACGGCUUCGGUUUCGACGAGACAUUCCUGGGUCAAGUCGCUCCUACCAAUUUGGACUUCUGGCAAACGGAGCCCUUCUGA